CAUGGGCGUCGCCGCCAUCUUAACUGUGGAUAAAGAGGCGGCAACUUCGGAAGUGCGGUGUGGGUACGGCAGUUCCAAUGCGAAGGGUUUGCGGCCGCGGGCUUUUACUGGGCCUAGCUGUAGCGGCGGCGGCGAUGAUGGCAGCACGACUGAUGGGCUGGUGGCGUCCCCGCGCUGGCUUUCGCCUUCUCAUCCCCGAGGAGCUGGCUCGCUACCGCGGCGGCCCAGGGGACCCGGGCCUUUACUUGGCGUUGCUCGGCCGAGUCUACGAUGUGUCCUCUGGUCGGAGACACUACGAGCCUGGGGCCCACUAUAGCGGCUUCGCAGGCCGGGAUGCAUCCAGAGCCUUUGUGACCGGGGACUACUCCGAAGCCGGCCUUGUGGAUGAUGUAUCUGAUCUGUCAUCCUCUGACAUGCUGACACUUCAAACUUGGCUUUUAUUCUAUGAGAAGAAUUAUGUGUCUGUUGGAAGGGUGAUAGGAAGGUUCUAUGGCAAGGAUGGGCUUCCUACCCCAGAACUGACCCAGGUGGAAACCAUGAUCACCAAAGGCUUGGAGGCAAACAAACAGCAACUGAAAGAGAAACAGAGGUUUCCACCGUGCAAUGCUGAGUGGAGCUCAGCCCGGGGCACCCGGUUCUGGUGCUCUCCGAAGAGUGGAGGCGUGAGCAGAGACUGGACUGGCGUCCCCAGGAAGAUGUAUAAACCAGGUGCCACGGAGCCCCACUGUGUGUGUGUGAGGACCACGGGUCCUCCAAGUGACCAGACACUGGACAACCCUAUACACAGAAAUCGUGGGGACUUGGACCAUCCCAGCUUGGAGGAAUACACAGGCUGCCCACGUCAAGCCACCACAUGCUCCUUACCCCCUUAAGGUGGUGUCUGCUGUGUUGAUAACACACCAAUAGCUUCCUUCCCAGGGAUGCGCAGGCUGCCUGGAUAAGCUGCUGGCCUGGGCCCUGUCAACCGAAACAAGCAAACAUCCAAAAGCCAUAGAAAUAAACAGUACCAGUGUGACUUCUGAAUCCCCA